AUGCCCUUGGAGCGUACCGUCUUUCUGAUGGAGUUUCUGUUGGUAGGUGAAUGCGAUGUUCCGCCGCAUCUCCCAUCUGCAGAACUCAAAGAGCAGCACCGCGGCAUUACUGCCUUUCCCUAUAAUUCUGUGGUGGAAUACGUCUGUCGUCCGGGUUACACGAGAAAUGUUCAUGUCCGAAACAUCCUUGUUUGUGGAAGGAACACUAAGUGGCACGGAUCAUAUGACAUCUGUAUACCAAAGCCCUGCGCCUACCCUGGAGAGCCGGCCAACGGCAGACUCGUCCUAGCAGAAAAGUUCGUCUUUGGUUCAGCAGCGAACUUCACCUGCAACACUGGGUACAGACUGGUUGGAAAUCCUCAAAUUCAGUGUGUGAUUAAAAAUGGGGUUGUUACAUGGGACAGAGAUAUUCCCAUCUGUGAGCCAAUACCGUGUUCACCCCCUCCAGCAAUAGCUAACGGGGAGCACAGCGGAGCUGACAAAGAGCUCUUCGAAUACGGAGCAUCCGUCACUUACUGGUGCCGCACUGUCAAAAGGGGAGAGAGACCUUUCUCGCUGGUGGGAGAUGCCUCUAUUUUCUGCACGACCACAGAUGACAUAAACGGUGUCUGGAGCAAGCCAGCCCCAGAGUGCAAAGUGGUCAACUGUGAGCAACCGAGCGUGGAGAACGGGAAGCUGCUGAGCGGGUACCGGGCUGAGUACACCUACAGAGACACCGUCAUGUUCGACUGCAACUUCCGCUACGCCAUGCACGGCAGCGACACUUCCACCUGCAAAGAAAACGGCCUCUGGGACCCUCCGCUGCCGCUCUGUCAGCUCAGUAGCUGUGACGACCCUCCAGAUGUGCGUAAUGCUGUUAAAGCAAAACUUGCUGGCAAUUUGUUUCCCGUGGAGACUGUCAUUACCUACGAGUGCUGGGAGGGCCACCAGUUCAGCCCGGGAGAAACCACCCAGCACAUUAAGUGUCUGCCGGAUUUUACGUGGACCGAAACUCCGCGUCCUUGUGAAAGAAUUCGUUGCCCAAAUCCAGACAUCAGGAAUGGAAAGCCCUUACGUGUAUGGGAAGAUAAAGACAAUUAUGUGUAUGGAGACAGACUGGAAAUCACGUGUAAUGAUGGCUAUGCUUUCAAAGGUCACAGCAAUAACAUCGUGCUUCGGUGUACAAGUGCUGGUAGAUGGGAUCCAGCAGUACCGGAGUGCAUUCCAGAACCUCGUUGCCCAAAGCCAGAUACUGCUCAUGGAAGAGAGGUUUAUAAAACUAAAAAUGACUACACAGUUGGGACCCGACUGAGGCUGGCGUGUGAUUCGGGCUAUGUCCUCAGGGGCCAGGACUUGACCGAGUGUCAGGCUGAUGCGAGCUGGGCUCCCCCGUUACCGUUUUGUGAUAAAGUCUGUGACCCCCCUCCACAAAUCGCUAACGGGCAGCACUCGGGCUUGGGACGGCAGCAGUUUCCCUAUGGCACAGAGGUGACGUACAGCUGUGUGGAGGGUCUGUCCCUCAUUGGGGACGCCUCCAUCUACUGCACCUCCGACGAUGGGGUGAACCUGAUGUGGAGCGGACCUGCCCCAGAGUGCAGGGUGGUUCGGUGCCCCAAGCCCUCAGUCAAGAGGGGCAGGGUGACGCCGCAGAGGUUCACGUUUCCCUACGGGGCGACCGUGCAGUUCUCCUGUGACGACGGCUUCGUGCUGCACGGCGAUGCCGAGAGCCGGUGCCUGGCCGACGGCGCCUGGCACCCUCCCCUGCCCGUCUGCCAGCCAGAGAGCCGCGGCGGCUUCUCGGCAGGGAGAGGCUCUCGCUGUGCUGCGGCGCAGGGCGGCAGCUCCCACGCCAUGCCGGUGUGUCUCCGCUGGCCGGGGCAGCUCCUGGCGGUGGGGGUUCUUGUGCUGCAGCUGGCUGGGGGUCUCGGGGUUCAAUGUCCCGUCCCCGAUAUCGCACACGGACAGCUGAAACCUGCACAGAACUUCACCUACGGCAGCACAGCCACGCUCGAGUGCGAUGCCGGCUACAUCCCCGUGGGUACCACCACCACCGUGCGGUGCCUGGGCAGCGGCAGAUGGCACCCCCGGGUGCCCACCUGCACCCUAGAGGUGCAGUGCCCCAGCCCGGCUAUCCGCCACGGGAGAGAGAUCAGGCCCAGGAAAGCCGAAUACACCUUUGGGCACCAGGUGGAAUUUCAGUGUGACCCUGGCUAUGUGCUGAGGGGCAGCCAGAAGAUCCAGUGCUGGUCUGACGGGACGUGGAGACCCCCCAUGCCAUACUGCGACAAGGUUUGUGGUCCCCCUCCACAAAUCACCAACGGGCAGCACUCGGGCUUGAGAACGGAGCAGUUCCCCUACGGCUUAGAAAUAAAGUACAGCUGUGUGGAGGGUCUGUCCCUCAUCGGGGACGACUCCGUCUACUGCACCUCCGACGAUGGGGUGAACCUGAUGUGGAGCGGACCUGCCCCGGAGUGCAGGGUGGUUCGGUGCCCCAAGCCCUCAGUCAAGAGGGGCAGGGUGACGCCGCAGAGGUUCACGUUUCCCUACGGGGCGACCGUGCAGUUCUCCUGUGACGACGGCUUCGUGCUGCACGGCGAUGCCGAGAGCCGGUGCCUGGCCGACGGCGCCUGGCACCCUCCCCUGCCCGUCUGCCAGCCAGGUGACUGUGGGCCCCCGCCUCGCAUGACCUACUCCAGACCGUCCGACAACGAGCACGCCAGCAGCUUCCCCGUUGGAUCCAGGGUGACAUACACCUGCAUCGAAGGCGCCAUCAAAAUCCCCGGGAGGUCGGACAUGAUGGAGUGCCUGCCCGGCGCGCGCUGGUCAAAACUGCCCGAGCCCUGCGGCCGGAGCUGUGCUGCCCCGACACGGUUGCGGUUUGCUGCCCUGUCCAAGGUGGAUGAGAGGAUUAAUUUCUUUCCUGUUGGGACCAACGUGAGCUACGUCUGCCGCCCCGGCUACGAGAACACCUCGGAAAGUUCCCCCACCAGCACUUGCCUUGAAAACCUGACGUGGUCGGAAGCUGCUGAGCUGUGCAGGAGGAGAUCCUGCGGCGACCCGGGAGCACUGCCCGGUGGCAGGAUGGUCGCCCUCACGGACGUGCAGUUCGGUGCAAGAGUGAACGUGUUCUGCGAAGACGGGUACAAAUUAGACGGGAGUCACUUCAUCCAGUGUCAGCUUAAAGGAAGCGAUGUUGAAUGGAGUAAACGUCCAACUUGCGAAUUAAUCACCUGCUCUUCACCUCCCCAAAUCAGCAACGGAAAGCAUGAUGGCGAAGGUGUAGAAAAAUUUGCUUAUAACUCAACUGUGACUUACAGCUGUGACUCUGGCUUCCAGCUCAUUGGAAACGUCAGCAUCCGUUGUUCCCGUGGAAAUGGCAUCCAGCCGCCUAAGAAGGCUGUCACACGGGAAAUGAAGCUCAGCCUUUAUAAAAAGUCACUCCAGAACACCAUCUCCUUCUCCCGUUCUUCCUCUUUCUCCAGGACACCAGGUGACUGUGGGCCGUUGCCAAAUCUAAGCCACGCGGAGCCCCCGGACGACAUGAAACAUCGGGAAAGCUUCACAGUCGGCUCCAAAGUACGGUACAGGUGCCUUACAGGUUACGUUAAACGCCCCUUGCUCUCCGAUACGAUACAGUGCCUUGCAAACUCCCAGUGGUCCAACCUCCUGGAGUUUUGUGGCCGUAGCUGUCCCAGCCCGCCACGUGUGCGUUUCGCUAGGCUAUCACAAGAAGAUGAAACGCAGAAUUUUUAUGCUGUGAAUAUCACGGUGAAGUACGUUUGUCGCCCAGGCUAUGAGAAUACCACAGACCAGCUCCCCACCAGCACUUGUCUUGACAAUUUAACGUGGUCCGGAGUUCCCGAGCUGUGUCAGACAAAUCCAGAACAUGGCAAAGUUAUUACAAAUGAUUAUCUGUUCGGUGCAAAAGCAGAUGUAGUUUGUAACCCCGGGUACACGUUAAAGGGAGUGUCACCUCUCGUCUGGUGUUCCCUAAGGGGAGCUGAAGUUGCCUGGAGUCAACUUCCAGCUUGUCAGGCUAUUUCUUGUCCUCCGCCUCCAGCUAUUCCCAAUGGGAAGCACAACGGCAACAGUAUGGAGGAGUUAGCGUACAACUCAGUCGUGGUGUACACGUGUGACCCUGGGCUCCAGCUCGUAGGAAAUGAAACUCUUCGCUGUACAACGGAGAACAGCAUUGAUGGCGUCUGGAGCGGGUCUCCUCCCGAAUGCAGGGUUAGCACUGCAGCAGCAGCAAACCAAACUGAACCCUUGGAAGAGAGGAUAGCAGAGAAUCCUUACUGGCUGGCAAGUAUCCUCAUCCCUAGUUGCAUUGUUCCCCCAGUAGCCCUUGGAUUUCUAGCUGGGAUCAUCAUGAGAUGGAAAGACAAUAAAAAUCACUCUUAUAAUAUGCGUUUACAAAAGCACAAGACGAAGGGAAGGGAUUCACUGGUGCACCCAAAGAUAACGGAUGACGAGAAGCAGCCCGUGCCGUGGCAUUCCUAUUUUUGCCACACGACGAGCUGCCACGUGUGUCCCACCUGCGAAGAGCGGCUGCACGCUGCCCUGGCCCCCCGCACCGAGCCCGCGCACCGCAGCUGUGCUGCCUGCGAGGGCUGGCUGAGCGCCCAGCCCGGCAUACCGCGCACCUACUCGGUCCCCAGCUUCGGCAGUGGGGAGAGCCAAAGCCCAGCAGACACAAGCUCUCCUGCCAAAGCUGCACAUGGGCUGAGGGGUGAGGGCGCAGGAGAAGCUGUUCUGGAGCAGAGCGAGGGAGAGCAGCCCACGGACCACGAAAGCAACCAUCACGUCUGCCCCGUCUGCGAGAACUGGCUGCGCGCCCACCUCGGCCAGUGCGAAAGCCGUCCUGCGGUGCCCGGGGAGUGGCCGGGGGGGCCCCGUCGGCUGGACGAGGGCCCGCGGGGUCCCGUCUGCCCUUCCUGCGCCCACCGGCUGCACCUCUCCCUUGUCCACAGCGACACGGCAGGCAGGCCCGUGUGUCCCCUGGCCGGGGAGGGGACCCCGGCUCACCUCGUCCUCCUCCGCAUGCCCGGCUGCCACGUCUGCCCCGUCUGCUCGGCGCCCACCCAUGCACACCUGUGCCAGCCCCGGCGCCAAACACCCGACGAGGAGGAAGCGGGAGCCCCCGCGGAGCCGGAGCCCCUCAGCAGCCGGGAGAACCCCCCGCGCCGCGCCGCGGCUGAGCCCGCGGAGCGCCCGCUGCCCGCCCGCCCCGCAGGGGGCCGUCCCUGCGCGCCUGCGCUGCCCCGCCAGGUCGGCCCGGAAGCGGUCAUGGCGCUGCGCUGGUUCUGCGCUGUGCUGCUGGCGCUGCCCGGCGCCUGGGGUCAGUGCCCGCAGCCGCCGAGGUUUGCCUUUGCGGAGCCCCCCGCGCCCCUGCAGGAGUCCUACGCCGUGGGGACCGUGCUGAGAUACAAGUGCCGCCCGGGGUACACGCUGGCCAGGGGCGAGUCCCCCAUGGUCACCUGCCUCUCCAGCUCCCUCUGGUCGUCGAACCCCGACUUCUGCACCGCAAAGCCGUGCAAUCCACCGGACAUCCCGAAUGGCAACUUUAACUACACGAGCAACCUCCUGUUCGGGGUGACAAUAACCUACAGCUGUAACGUCGGGUACCGAUUAGUUGGGAAGCCAUCUGCGCAAUGUGUUGUUAAAGACAAUGAAGUUUCUUGGGAUAACGUUCCAUACUGUGCCAGUAUUCCCUGUUCAUCACCUCCUGCGAUUGAGAACGGGCAGCUCGUGAGCGGGGACACAGACUUCACCUUUGGCAUGGCUGUCACCUACAGAUGUGACAAAGGUUUUGCUCUUAUCGGAGAUGCCACGAUUCACUGUAAGAUGGAUGAUAACCUCGAGGGAAUAUGGAGUGGUCCAGCCCCUGAAUGCAAAGUGGUCAGAUGUGAAAAUCCACAAGUGAAAAAUGGGAGAAGGUUAUCUGGCUUUGGCACUGAGCACACAUAUAAAAAUACAGUGAUCUUUGAGUGUAAUCCUGGCCAUUUAUUGAAUGGUAGCAGUGUAGUUACUUGUGAAGCAGACAAUACCUGGAAGCCACCUCUGCCAACGUGUGACCCAGUCUACUGUGGUCCUGCUCCACAAUUCCCUUUUGCUGAGGGUGAAGGGGCUGUGGGUGACAGCUCUCUUGCUGGAACGAAGCUGAGGUAUCGGUGUAAACCGGGUUAUACUGCAGCAAGCGGAAAGUCCUCUGUUGUCACGUGUCUGAGUGAUAGAACUUGGUCUGCGGACCCAGACUUCUGUAUACGACAGCAGUGUACCCCUCCCACGAUAGAGAACGGGGAUGUGAUCGCGGACAAUUUUCUGUUUGGGACGGUUGUGACAUUCACCUGUCAUCCUGGGUAUGAAUUAAAGGAGUCAACUUCUGCCAAAUGUGUGGUAUCAGGAAAUGGAGUUGAUUGGGAUACAGCAUCUCCAUACUGUGAAAGACAGCUCCCUGAUGCUCUCUGUGAAGAGCCCCCCACGAUUGACCAUGGGAUGCACAAUGGCACGAAGGGCACAGACUUUGUCCAUGGCUCCGUUGUGGUUUAUAAAUGCAAGGAUGGCUUCACCCUUGCUGGAGCGGCCUUUCUUCGCUGUACGGCAGGAGAUCAAUACCAGGGAGUCUGGAACAAGCCUGCUCCUGAAUGCAGGGGUGGGGCAAACAUGAUCAUUGCUGGAAUCUUCCACCUCCUCCUGGCAAUGCUGGUUAUGAACGUCUGGGUGAUGUGUCCUCGGCCACCAAAUAUUGCCAAUGGGCUGCACAGUGGACAGUCCUUGGACAAGUUUCCCCUGGGAAUGACCACAUACUACAGCUGCAAGGAUGGCUACAAGCUGGUCGGGAACGCGUCCAUCAACUGCACGGAGGCCAGGCUGUGGAGCUGGCCCCUGCCCCGCUGCGAAGCAAUCGGCUGCGAGAUACCCGAGGUGCAGAACGGGAAGGUCUACGACCCGCAGAGCACCUACAAAGCUGGAGAGACUCUUCACUUUGACUGCGAUGCCGGUUAUGCCGCAGAGGACACCUACGAGACUCAGUGCCAGCCUGGGGGCACCUGGGACCCGCCGGUGCUCAGCUGCGAGAGGGUACGACCAUGCCCUGUGCCUCCAGAGAUCACCAACGGAAAUCACAAUGGCCAGGGCAAAGCAUUUUUUACCAUGGGAAUGUCUGUAACGUACACCUGCAAUCCUGGCUACUACCUGGUUGGAAAUGCUAUUGCGUUUUGCAGAGCAUCAGGGAACUGGAGCCAGCCCGGCCCUCGCUGUGAAGAGGUGACGUGUCCUCAGCCACCAAACAUUGCCAAUGGGCUGCACAGCGGACAGUCCUUGGACAAGUUUUCCCGAGGAGUGACCGUGUACUACAGCUGCAAGGAUGGCUACGAGCUGGUCGGGAACGCGUCCAUCAACUGCACGGAGGCCAGGCUGUGGAGCUGGCCCCUGCCCCGCUGCGAAGCAAUCGGCUGCGAGAUACCCGAGGUGCAGAACGGGAAGGUCUACGACCCGCAGAGCACCUACAAAGCUGGAGAGACUCUUCACUUUGACUGCGAUGCCGGUUAUGCCGCAGAGGACACCUACGAGACUCAGUGCCAGCCUGGGGGCACCUGGGACCCGCCGGUGCUCAGCUGCGAGAGGGUACGACCAUGCCCCAUGCCUUCAGGGGUCCGCAACGGAAAUCACAAUGGCCAGGACAAAGCAUUUUUUACCAUGGGAAUGUCUGUAACGUACACCUGCAAUCCUGGCUACUACCUGGUUGGAAAUGCCAUUGCGUUUUGCAGAGCAUCAGGGAACUGGAGCCAGCCCGGCCCUCGCUGUGAAGUGACUGUCUGCAUAAACCCAGAUAUAGAGAAUGGAAGGCAAGUUGAUGGUCAAGGGUUUAUCUCCGCACCUGGGCAAAUGGUGACAUUUCAGUGUCACGAUGGUUACAGCCUGCAAGGCAGUGCUAAAAUCUUCUGCCAGGAGGAUGGCAGCUGGCACCCUCCCGCUCCCGUUUGCGAUGGACUCUACCAUUACCAGGAAUUCUCAUACAGGCCUGAACUUCCAGGUGGUUGUGGUGCUCCUACAAGGUUACGCUUUGCUGAGCUAAAUGAGGAGCAUAAAAAUGAGAUUGAUUUUUCUGUUGGGAAGACUGUGCAAUACACUUGCCGACCUGGAUAUGCUAAACACCCAGGAAUGUCACCUACUAUUACAUGCCUUGAGAGCGGAGUGUGGUCAGAAGCACUAGAGUUCUGUAAAAGGAAACAAUGCAAUCAUCCUGGUGAACCUGUGAAUGGGAAAAUUAUUUUCCUAACAGAUCUCCUGUUUGGGUCAACAGUGCGCUACAGCUGUGAAGAAGGGCACAGGUUAAUUGGACAAUCCAGCAGACGAUGUGAGGUUUCUGGUGGACGUGUUGCAUGGAGCGGCGACAUUCCCACUUGUCAGCGUAUCCCUUGUGAGCCGCCUCCGGACAUUCCCAAUGGGAAGCACACGGGCAGGCUGCUGGAUGAAUUCCACUUUGGCACAUCUGUAACAUACACCUGCAACCCUGGGUACCCGCUCCACGGAGAGCCCUCCAUCUACUGCACCACCCAGGACGGGAAAAACGGCGUGUGGAGCGGGCCCCCCCCGCAGUGCGGAGAGGCAAGAUGUCAUGUCCCGCAAGUCCAGAAUGGGAGAAUAGUGUCUCCUAGGACUGCCUACACACAUAAGGACACCAUUGCCUUUGAGUGUGACCCAGGCUAUGUUCUACGCGGCCACAGAGUGGUACAAUGCCAACUAAAUAACACCUGGGAGCCCCCCGUGCCAGUCUGCGAGCAGGCUGGCUGCAAUGCACCUACCAGACUGGCAUUUGCUGAGCUGAAGGAGCCGUACAGCAACCAGACCGUCUUUCCCGUGGGGAGGACAGUGGAAUACGUCUGCCGGCCUGGGUACGCCCAGCACCUGGGGAUGCCGCCAGCCAUCACAUGCCUCAGGAAUCGGACGUGGUCUGCAGCGCUGGAGUUCUGUAGAAGGAAACAAUGUGCUAACCCAGGGGAUCCGGAGAAUGGCAGAGCUGUUGUCCUGACGGACCUCCUCUUCGGGUCCAAAGUGAAUUACACUUGUGAUGAAGGGUACAAGUUGGUAGGAGGCUCUCAGAGAACAUGCGAGGUCUCUGGCACGCGUGUCUCGUGGAGUGGAGACGCUCCUGUCUGCCAGCAGGUGAAGUGUCCUCCGCCUCCAGGCAUCGCCAACGGGAAGCACAGCGGCCAGCUCUCGGACACCCACCUUCCAGGCUCGGCUGUGCAGUACACCUGCAGGGACGGCUACUCCCUCAUCGGGAACGCCUCCAUUAGCUGUACCACCGGGGGAACGUGGACCCGGCCCCGGCCCCGAUGCGAAGCAACCGGCUGCAGAAGACCAGAGAUCGAGAAUGGAAGAACGACUGGGCUGGAGACCAUGUACAGACUUGCGGACAUCGUUAUUUUCGAAUGCAAUUUUGGUUACGCCUUGAAGGGCUCUCAAGAGUCUCAGUGCCAGUUUGGGGGCACGUGGGACCCUCCUGUCCCCAUCUGUGAAAAGAUGCUACAGUGUCCUUCCCCUCCAAAUAUCAAAAAUGGCCAGCAUGAGAGCAAGGGUGUGAAAGUGUUCAUCCCUGGAAUAUCAGUGAAGUACUACUGUGACCCAGGGUAUGUCCUCACUGGGAAAACAACAGUUUCUUGUUUGACAUCUGGAACCUGGAGCAUUCCUUAUCCCCUGUGUGAAGUCAUCACCUGCACAAGCCCCAACAUCCAGAAUGGAGAAGUGGCUGAAGGACAGAGUGCUGUGUACCAUCCCGGGGCCAAUGUCACCUUCCAGUGCCACCCGGGCUAUGUGCUGUGGGGCACCCGUGAAGCCAAGUGCCAGCCCGAUGGCCGCUGGGCGCCUGCUGUCCCCGCCUGCGAGCCAGCGCUGCCUUGUCCUCCACCUCCCGUCAUCGCCCACGCCACGCACAGCGCGGAGCUCGGGGCAAACUUCACCAGCGGCAUGUCCGUGAGCUACAGCUGCCAGCCCGGCUUCUCCCUCCUCGGAGACCCCUCCGUCUUGUGCACGGCCUCGGGGAACUGGAGCCUCCCGUACCCACGCUGCACAGCUGGCUGUGGGACACCAACAACGUUAUUGUUUGCUGAGCUAAGCAAGGAGUAUAAAAAUCAGACUGAGUUUCCUGUUGGGAAGACUGUGAAGUACACUUGUCGGCCUGGAUACGCAAAAUAUCCACAAAUAUCACCAACUAUUACGUGUCUUGAAAACCAGACGUGGUCUGAAGCCCACGAGUUUUGCAAACGGAGAAAGUGUGAUCACCCAGGAGAACCAGAGAAUGGCAGAAUUAUCGUUACAACAGAUCUCUUCUUCGGGUCAACAGUGAAUUACACCUGCAAUGAAGGUAUUAGACGGCACCUAAGGCAAUACGUGGUGGCUGUGGGAGAUGCGACCUCCAAAGACAGUCCUGUAGUGACAAGAGCAACUUUGUUUGACCCCAGGCACAGGCUGGUUGGAGCGUCCCAGCGGCACUGUGUGAUUUCGAGCUCUGGGAUGCGAGUGAAGUGGAGUGGUGAUGUUCCCGUCUGCCAGAGUAUCGUUUGCGAUCCACCUCCAGACAUCCCCCACGGGAGACACAGCGGGCACUUAAAGGACACCUUCUCCUAUGCGGACGUGGUCAUCUAUACCUGUGACCUGGGCCACCCACUGGCUGGAGAGCCCUCCAUCUUCUGCACGACGGUGGACGGCGAGCAUGGCGUGUGGAGCGGACCACCGCCGCGAUGUGGAGUGUCGCAGUGCUCUCCCCCUCCAGCCGUUGCCAAUGGAAAGCACACUGGCCAAGCCACGGCAGUCUUCAUCAGCGGCAUGUCCGUGAGCUACGCCUGCGAUCCUGGCUACAUUCUUGUUGGAGAGGCACAGCUUAAUUUCAUCACCUGCACAAGCCCCAACAUCCAGAAUGGAGAAGUGGCUGAAGGACAGAGCGCUGUGUACCAUCCCGGGGCCAAUGUCACCUUCCAGUGCCACCCGGGCUAUGUGCUGUGGGGCACCCGUGAAGCCAAGUGCCAGCCCGAUGGCCACUGGGCGCCUGCUGUCCCCGCCUGCGAGCCAGCGCUGCCUUGUCCUCCACCUCCCGUCAUCGCCCACGCCACGCACAGCGCGGAGCUCGGGGCAAACUUCACCAGCGGCAUGUCCGUGAGCUACAGCUGCCAGCCCGGCUUCUCCCUCCUCGGAGACCCCUCCGUCUUGUGCACAGCCUCGGGGAACUGGAGCCUCCCGUACCCACGCUGCACAGUGCUACAAUGUCCUUCACCUCCAAAUAUUGACAAAGGAAAUCACAACAGCCAGGACUUGGACGUUUUCACUACUGGGAUGGUGGUAAAUUACAGCUGUGAUCCUGGCUACAGCCUCCUGGGAGAGGCAUCGAUUUACUGCACCGACUCUGGAAACUGGAGCCUCCCUCUUCCUCAGUGUGCAGUGCUGCACUGUUCCAAGCCAGCAGAUAUCACCCACGGGUCUCUCAGUGACCCAGCAAAAGCAUUUUUCACUCCUGGAACAUCUGUACGCUACAUCUGUGAGCCUGGCUUCUCUCUCAUUGGGACAGCAUCCAUUUAUUGCACACAAUCUGGAGCCUGGAGCCAUCCUCCUCCAGUCUGUCAAGUUGUGAAGUGUCUCCAUCCUCCAACCAUCGCCAACGGGAAGCUCAAAGGCAACAUCUCUGAUACUUUUUCCUAUGGAGCAUCUGUAUCCUACAGCUGCAGUCCUGGUUAUUCACUCGUUGGGAAUGCUUUCAUCAACUGCACGGUGUCAGGAACCUGGAGCCAGCCUCCUCCCCAGUGCAAAGAGAUCAGAUGUGUACUCCCAGAAGUUCAAGGUGUUAAGGAAGCCAUCAAAGCAAAUACUUAUCGCUCUGGGACUAACAUCACUCUUGAAUGUGAUGAUGGUUACACUUUGGAAGGCACCAGUCAGAUUCAGUGCCGAGAGGACUUCAGCUGGGACCCUCCUGUACCAGCCUGUAAACUGACAUCACACAAGUCUGGUUCCGUAGGCCUAGGAGUCGCAGCUGCAGGAGUCCUGCUUCUCCUGGGGGCAGGCAUUGUCUGGAAAAUUAUUUCAAAGCAGAAGGAAGGCUAUUAUCGUACAUAUGAAAACUACAGCCACCAAACCCCUCUGAGCCGGGUAACUGAACAGAAAUGUUCGUGUCUUCCAUAG